GUCAGGCUUGGUAACGGCCGCUGUGGGUUUAUUCCCUCCCCCUCCCCUCAGAUUAAGCGUCGACUCCCCCGGUCAUGGCGGGGGACCUACGACGCCCCUCCAUGGCCCUUGGUUUCUCUUGAAGAGAGGGAGUGAGAGGCACAUUUAGACCUGUGUAGGGAAGGGGAUGGAGCCUAAAGUAACUUUCAGAGGCACCAAUCGCCUUCUGAAUAGUGCAGAGCCCAAUGGAAGAUUGACGGAUGUGUUCAAUAACGUUAUGACAGGUUGCAGCUCCUUCUAUGAUUGCUACAAAUUGCAGAAUGAAGAGAAUGUAGACUUACGGAAAACAUACAAUACUUCACUGUCUCCAGCUUCUGAAUGUUCAAAUAGUGUUGACUCUUCUCUUUUCUAUGUCCCAUGGUCUACAUAUGCAGAUGAUGUUAAACAACCCCCUACUUCUCAGAUUAGCAUAAAGAACAGAAUUCAAACAGAAAGAAAUGACUAUGGCAGUGAAACAGACUUAUAUGGACUUGUGUCUAACAUUUUGGAAGAACAAGAAAAAUCACAGACAUAUUUUGCUGAAGGGUCAUGCUCCUCCAAUUUAAAAUCUGUGUGGCCUGUCAAUACAGCCAGAUUUAUAGAACAGCCUGAUUUGAUGUCAGAAGCUAAGAGGCCAAUAGAUGGAGCCAUCCCUCAGCAAGCUUUUUAUGGCGGAGAAACAAUGCCAGUGCCUGAAAAGCAAUAUUUGCCCACAAGUGCUGUAACUUUGCAACAUAAAGUGGAUGACCUUUACAGUGGGCUCACUAACAUAGACCUUGAUGAACAAUGGUUCUACCCCUGCAGGAAUGAUCAUGUCAGCUGUUACAAUAUUCAGACUAAUGAGAAUGCCAAAACACCACAAUUUCAAGACUAUUCGUAUGUGAAAACAUGCUUUUCCCCACAAACAAGUUUUCUGGAAGCAGUAAAAGAAUCGGGAGGAGAUAUUUAUGCUACUUAUGGAAAAGAUAAAGUGAGUCCUAAGGGACAUGAUGCACAAAUCCACCAAAAGAAAGCUGAGAUGUUUCUUUCACAAUUUAAUAGAUAUGGUGAAAAUACUGAUUAUUGUAGAUACCUUGAUUAUUGUUAUCCCAAUAAAGUGAAGCAUAAUAAAAAUACAAAUUACAUUGCCCAGGAGAGUAAAAAAUUACCAACUGGAACACCUGAAUUACCAGCCUUAGAUACAGAUAAUUAUAGCAAACUUUAUCAAAAUAAACCACCUAUCCAAAAGAAAAUGGAAGAUAUCACUUCAGAACAGCAGAAUUUUAUAUUUCAAAAAACUACAGGACUCAUGCCAGAAAAACCAUUUGUGAGUGAAAAUUCAUUUACCCCUGACUUGACUUCAAAAUCCGAUUUUGUCCUCAAAUCUCACAGUGCAGUAGCAGGGAGCGGUGAUUUUGCAGGUGCAACAGAAAAUUCAGAGUAUUUCAAAUCACUGAAUAUUUUAUCAACAAACCUAGUAACUACUUCAUCGUGCACAAAUAUAAGGCCAACAUGGAUCAACAUACAAACUAAAAACAGUUCAUCCACUCCUAUUCGCAAUCAAGGCACCUUGGUAAAGUUGAAUAAUAAUUUAUCUACUGGAUCAAAAAGUUCCACUCAGUCUUAUGACUUUCCUCAGUUGUCAUCCACAAAUGUAACUUUGAACAAUAAUUUGUUACUCCAGAAAUACUGCCAAGACCCCCCAACAGUGUUUUCCAGUUUUGAUUUCAAUGACAGCAGUGCUGCAGACAGAGUUCAGUCUACCAGUCAUACAGAAGGACUGAACAAGAUAGGGGAGGAAGGCCUCUUUGAAUCCAUGAUUGACAAAAAAAUUAAGCCAUCAAAUGGUUUUUGUGAUAACUAUCCACAGCAAUAUGGGAUCACUGAAAAUGUGAGCAAGCACGGUUUUCAGGUUAAGCCACAGAAUGGGCAUUAUGAAGCAGAGGAAGGGCAAAAACCAGAUGGAUUGUCACAGAAUACCUAUCAAGAUUUACUAGAGUCUCAAGGUCAUUUCAGUAGCCACAGGCAGGGGAGUGGAGACAAUAAUAUUGUCAGUAAUCGUGUGAAUCGCACUCAGGCUUCUUGUUUUUCAAACAAUUUCAUGAUGGGUGAUUUGAGGCAUAGUCCAAGUGUCCCCCAGUUUAGUUCAAACAGACUGCCUUUGAAAUCUACCCAUGCUUUUGGACAUUCUGUAAUUCCCCUGAUGGAAUCCUAUGAUUUGUUCUCCUUUGAUGAUUUAAGCCACUUGUAUCCUUAUUUUAAUGAUAUGAUGUAUGGAGACAAUUGUUUCACAGGCUUCAUGCCAACAUUUGGAUUUCAAAGACCAGUGAAAACUCGGAGUGGAUCAGCUAGUGAGCUUCAUAUUAGAUUAGAGGAAUGUUAUGAACAAUGGAGAGCUUUGGAAAAAGAACGGAAAAAGACUGAAUCAGCUCUUGCAAAGAAUUACCCUGGGAAGAAGGUGUCCAGUACUAACAAUACUCCAAUUCCAAGGCUGACAUCAAAUCCAUCCCGAGUUGAUCGUUUAAUUGUGGAUCAGUUGCGAGAACAAGCCAGAGUUGUGACUCUGCUGGGGAAGAUGGAAAGACUUCGGAGUUCUCCUCUUCAUGCUAAUAUUUCUACAGCCCUUGAUAAGCACUUGGAAGCAAUUCACAUUGUGCAGUCCCGUAGGAAGGAUGAAAUUGUCAAUGCUUCACAUCGGCAAAGACAAGGAGCUCCUCGGUGUCAAGAUGAUAGAGAUGUUUUUGCUCUUGCAUUGGCGAUUAAAGAAAUGUGCAUAGCAACACGGAAAGCUCGUACUAUACUGUGGUGUGCUCUGCAGAUGACGUUGCCAAAAACAACCACAACAUCUGGAUCAGCUGAGGUGGAGAAAGCUUUACAAGAGCUAGUCCAAUCUGAAGAUAAGACUUAUGAUCACAUAAACAGCAGUAACCCUGUGCUCCAGAGAGGAGAAAUAAAAAAACACUGAGAAAAAUAAAUAAAAACAAGAUAUCAGUAUACUAUCACAUUAUAGAAAAUAUUGUGAAUGAACUUUUAAAAUUUAUUUUGGAAAUGAAAUAUACAGAAACACAGUUCAACAACUGAUGAAUAGCUGUUAGCACAAGUUGCGAAGUCUUGUCUGUUAACAGCUGCCAGAAUCAAUACAUUGAUGAGGCUGAUCAAAUGUGUUAGGUAAAAUAAAUCAGAAUAUUUUAAAAUGCUAAAGUAGAACAUAAAUCCAUUCUGCAAUGCAGGCAUAUGCAAUGAGAAUUUUGCCUGUAUGGUAAAUUCUUUUAGAUUACAUUGGGAAAUGUUUUCAAAUAAUGAAUUUGAAUUACAGUCAUGCACUAUUGUGUGCAGUCUAUUAAGACAAGUUUUGAUGGGGGGGGGUUAUUGACAAUGAAUACAUAGAAACAGGAAGAAGACAGCUGAAUAUACCCAGUAUGAAAGUUUAGAAAAUGAAAAUAUUUAAAAAUACUUAUUUAUGGAUUUGAAAUCUUAAUUUAAAUGCAAGUAAAGAAAUUGACCAGAUUUUCUCAAAUUAGUGAUAUUAUUUUAAAGCCAUUAUCCAACCAUGCAUAUUUGGGAAUAUUUAAAAAAAA